UAGAAGACUGUCUCGAUUUCGAAGCAGUUUGCACUCUUAGAAGUGUAAAGAUGUCGUCGGAAAAGAAUCCUCCGGUUUACACUGAGAAAAGCAGCAUCUUUGGCGAUGAAUAUCCCAAGAAAAAAAUUUGUUCAAAGUCAGUUGUCAGUUGGGUGCUGGCUGCUCUUUUGGUUGCCUUAAUAGUUGUGAUAUCCAUCCAGUUUCUUUAUCCAAUCAUGGAAGCGAGGUACCGAGUGGGUAGCGAAAACUUUAAUUCGGUGGAAGACAACCCAGUUGAAGUUCGAGUCAUUUCACCUGUGAUGAUUCCUCCUUACGUUGCAUCAGAAGAAGGGAACGACAGUUCUGACAAGGCAUCCGAUUCUUCCAGUGCAUCGAGUAAAAUCUCGAAGAGCAAAUCGUCAGUUUCUUCUCAAAUGUCGAAAGAAAAGUCGAAAAGCAAGGAAUCAUCCUCUUCAGAAUCUUUGAAGGAAAAGUCCAAAAGCAAGAAGAAGGAUAAGCCUUGGCAUUUGGAGUUUCUCAUUAAUCCUUCCCAUCUCUGCGCUACGAGAAUGCCGGCUCAUUCAGAGAAGUACCAGACUGAUCCUGAGCUGAAACUCCUAAUAAUCGUUCCUUCAUCACCAGAUCACUUUGAACAAAGAAGAGCCAUCAGAGCUACUUGGGGAUCUAUUGCGCAAAAGCCACGAGGACCGAUGAGACUGGGCUUUAUCAUGGGAACAACAGAUGACGAAAGUGUGUCAAACCUGUUGAGGGAAGAGAGCGAGGAAUGUGGAGACAUAAUUCAAGCCGAAUUUGAAGAUGGCUACAAGCAAGCAACUGUUAAGAGCAUCGCAAUGCUCAAGUGGGUCGCUAAAUACUGUGCACAUGCCCUAUACUUUCUCAAAGCCGAUGAUGACACAUUUGUAAAUGUCGGGAUGAUUGCUCGACUCUUAAGUCAGGAGCCUUUCUUGUCCGAAGAAAGGUUCAUUGGAGGUUACAUACAUGAAGAGGUACAGCCCACACGAAAUCCGAACGAAAUGUAUUACGUAUCUGAAGAAGAUUACCCGGAUGAGGUUUAUCCACCAUUCGCUUCAGGAUCUGCCUACAUCACAACAGGACCCAGUGCCGUAGAAUUGUUUGAUGCUUCGCAAAGGGUGGAGCCUAUUCUUCCCCUGGACGAUGUCUUCGUCACUGGUCUUUGUGCCCAAGAUGUAGAAAUCACACUCAUCCAUGAACCUCGGUUCCGAGUUGAAGAACCUCCUAAACCACCUACUUGGAAUACUUAUAGCAACUUGGCAACCGUCAACAGUAUGGUUCCAGACGACUUAUUUUCACUAUGGGAAGACAUGUCCAGAGCUAUUAUUGGCCAUCUAAUGGAGCAGGAAGCAGCAAUCAAUGCUACUGUAAUACUUCGAAGAAAGUGAUCAAAUGCUUGAUGUUCAAUAAUGAACAAUACCAAUAAAUAAAUGAGCAGUAAUGAAUAUAAAGAGAGAAGCGUUCCCAUGCCCUAAUAUUUUUUAUCAAGACUGAUGUGAAAAAAUUUGUAUGCUGUUACUAUUUUGUGUGUUACUUUUUUGCUAGUAUUGUGUGUGAUAGCAUUAUGAGUUUUCUAAUAUGCAUUCAUUUCGUGUUUAAAAUAAAAUAAUCUGUUAGAAUAAAAAGUUACAAAAAUAAUUA